AUGGCGUCAGCGCUGCGCCCGAGGCGCCCGCGACCUAGGGAGUCGCAGUUCGUCCACGCGACCCUCGCCGACAAGUGGGACGCGAAGGCGGUCCUCAAGGACCCUGGCUUCGCGUGGGACGGCUCGGGGUACGGGAGCUCGCGGACGCAGGCCAUCGACGAGACGUCCAUGUUGCCUUACGCCGAGGUUUUGAAGACCCUCCUCGAGGUUGCACCCUCGGGGUUUCCAGCGCAGAAGUGCUUGAAGGAUACCUUCCAGGAGCUGGACAAGAGGCACGGCAUCCUCGCGUGCGAUAUGCGCUUCCAGGAGAGGGCGGCCAGCCUGGCAGCAGACGCCUGGCGGGUCAUGGCGAAGCACCUCUACAACGCAGCCCAGGCGGAUAAGGCUCUGAGCAACGAGGUGCUUCAGCAGCUGGUGAAGAUGAUCAGGCUUCCCUCUGCAGAAGAUGAUGGCGGUGCAGCUCUUGCCAGUGGCGGCUCCUUCGAGGACUCGCCGUCGUUCGCGGCGGCGGCGGGCCCCGUGGAGGGCGAGGCCGCCGACGUGAGCGCGUCGGCGGUCAGGGCGCUCUUUCCCCCCAGCAUGGGCGAGGCGGCGGAGGGCGAUGGCAGUCACGAAGCAGCUAAGACCGAGGUCGAGUUCUCCGACGACGACGUGGAGCUCUGCGGAAUGACGUGCAAAUGCAAAGCGUGCCGCGACGCACGCACCGUCGACCUCACGGCCGAAGAGGGCGGCGGCGAGCGGGCCCCGAUCCCGAACGCGGCCAUCGGGGGCCAGAAGCGCGAUACCAGGACCGCCCAGACGGCGCUGAAGGUCCGCAUGCGUUUGUUGGGCAAGACGCGCGAGACGGUUGCGCUGAUCCUGAAGCCCCCGAAGAAGGCCAAGGCGCCCCCGAAGCAGGAGGAUGAGGCCGAGGUCGAGAGCGGCAACAUCACCCUGCCCGCAACGGUCACCGUGAGGGAGCCGAACGGGAAGAGGCGUGGCGAGGCCUACAUGCUCGACGGCAACAAGAAGUACAUCAUGGGCAUCACCAGCAGGAGGACCGAGGAGUACAAAGAGGUCGUCGAGCGCGCCGCGGAGAAGAUCAACGGCACCAUCCUGAAGACGAAGGACGACCUCAGGAUGUGGUUCGACCAGCAGAUCGGGUUCGACACGGGGCCGAUGGGCCACUGCCUCGAGAAGAUGCAAGCAGCAGUGCGCGCAGGCACCGCGGCAGCGCCCGUGAAAGCGGAGCCCGUCGACAGCAGCGUCGGCUCCAGCGCGCCUGCCGCGGCAGCGGUGGUUCCGGCCACCGGAGACACCGACGGUCCCGCGGUCAAGGUAGCCAAGAGGGAGGGCGACAGGGUUCGCGACGAGGAGGCGCCCGCGCUAAAGGAGCCCAGGGUCCGCCCAGGAGCCCAGGCCGACGCCUCCGUGUGGGUCCACGACUGGAUCGAAUCCGAUAAGGCGGCCUACAACGCCUUCAUGUACCGCCUGCGCAAGCAGGGCCAAGAGAGGAAGGCCAAGUGGAAGGAGAUCCAGAAGUUCGGCUGCGCGAUGGACGCGGACAAUUUCGUGGACGAGAUCAUGCGCACGACGACGAGGCAGUCCGCGGAGUUCAACAACACGCUGACCCGCAACGAGACGCUCAAGGAGUGGACUACCUUCAAGAAGGCGCUGGAGAAGUACGACGAGGACGUGCUGAUGGCCAUGAUCAGGGCCAGAACCUUGGAGACCAAGCGCGACCCUGCCAUCCCUGAGUCCCUGCUGGUGCCGUGGCCCAAGUACUUGCAGGUGCGGCUGCACUCGGAGAGCGAGCGCGAUCGUCACGACAAGGGCUUGCAGCUCACGGACAACACCACUCUGGACGACGACGCCUACGACGAGAAGUACGCCGAGCAGAGCCGCGGUCACAACCAGCAGCAGGGGGGCCAACAGCAGCAGCAGCCGCCCCAGCAGCAGCAGUCGCUGCAGACGGAGCCAUCGGUCGACAAGGCGAAGAUGCCCGAGGCCGUGGCCGUCGCCGUGAAGGCCGCGCGCGCGGCGCACGGAUACAUCGACAGGUUCGUUCGCGAGCUCGAGGCGGCCAUCGAGUCCAGCUCGAAGAACGAGAACAGCAAGGGGGACAAGAUCGAGAAUGACCUGGACGCGAUGAGGGGCACCCUUGCGGCGAAGGACAAGGAGCUCCUGACGUUUGAGAAGAAGUGCGUGAGCUCGAACGGAGCGGGCAUCACUGGCAAGGAGAUCCAGACGGCGGCGGACCUCGCCAAGGAGAUCGACGAUGCGAUCAAGAACGGCCGCAAGAAGCUGGCGGCGCUCAGGUCGCUGUGGAAGCUCUGA